AUGUCGGACUCGAACACCAGCAGCGUUUCACGCCCAACAUCGCCAAGAACUGCCCUUCCAGAUACCGUACGGCAGUAUCGAUUCAACUGGGAUCCUGCAUCACGACAACCUGGCCCAGAAAGUGUCUCGGGAACGACGACGGACGGCAGAGGCCCAGAUUACUUUAAUACCAUCCCACGCCUUGGUCACCUCAACCUCAACUCUUCGACAGCGACCUUGUCGUUCGGGGCGUUACCCGCUGAGUGGAGUAGCUCAAAACAUGGAUUUCACGCAAUCUCUACUGUUCUCAACAAUCCUCACAAACAACAAGCUCCGCCUAAGGCACAUUCAGCAUUACCUGCAGUUCCUCCAGCAGAGCUACCUCGAGUUCGCAGGAAGGAUUUCGACCCUUACCUUUGUGCGAUAAGUUCAGAAUGGGAGCGUUUCGAGAAUGCCCACCAGCCAGAAGCCGGUCCUUCGACACCUCGCCCUCCAUUUUCCCGUGCAUCAUCAUACCCCACAAAUGCCAAAUCAUUCCCUUCCUUAGAUUCUGUUCCUGCGGUUUUCUUCGAAUCUAAUUUUAACUUGGCGGACCCGGGGACCUUUGCUACUGUCACAGAACAGGAUGGUCAAGACCCAGAUGUGGAUCCAACAGCACUCGCACAUUCUCUCCCCCUUCUCGACAAGUUCUCUCACUACGCGGACACCAUCGAACUUCAUCUCACCCACGAAAUAUCUCUUCGUUCGUCGUCUUUUUUUGCUGCGUUGUCCAACCUUCAUCAUCUCCAGUCCGAGUCUUCCUCCUGUUUGUCUCAAAUUUCGCGCCUACGAGAACUUCUGCAGGAUGUUGACAAUGACAUGGCAAAGAAGGGUCUGGAAGUCGUCGAGAUGGAAAAGGAGAAGAGUAACCUAAAGAAGAUCAACGAUGGAAUAGAGGGUAUCAAGGGAAUUGUGGAGGUUUCUGCGAUGGCCCGCCAGCUCAUUAGCGAAGGUCAGUGGGGUGACGCCUUGGACAUCGUGGAUGAUCUGGAGCGCACAUGGGCAGCAGAGGAGACACACCUGGAAAAAAAUGACGUCUCGAAAUCUGUACCAUUGACACCAGUAAACGGACGAUUAUCUCCUUUACCUGCAACGCCUGAAGAGACAUUAGAAGCGCCAGAGACGCCAGAAAUGCUUCCCGGGAAACCGCUAUCAAAUCGACAGUCACUCGCCAUCCCCCUCGCCUCUCUGCAAGCCUUCUCAGCACUCCCUGGCCAUCUUCGAAGCCUCACCAUGGAAAUAGUGUCUUCACUUUCCAACGACUUUUCCUCAACGCUUCGCGAAGAUCUACUUGGUAGAAUUGAUGUGAACGAGGGCGGUUCCCCUCGCCAGAUGAAUGAGGCACUGAAAGAUAGGCUAAGUCUUCUGUUAGAGGGUCUUGUCAGAACCAAAGGUCUUCGGCAAGCAACAUCGUCUUGGAGGAACGGUGCUUUGAGCGAGGAUUUUUCUGCUAUUGGUGGGGAAAGUGACACUGCUCUGACGUCGGACAGACGUCCUCGGAAUGGAUCUGAACCUCGUGCUGGUCUAGGCAAUCAUCUUCGAGAAAUGACACACCUAGAUUUCAUGAAGAUUCUGCAUGCUACAUUCAAAAGCCUCCUUAGAGCUAUCGAAGGUCUCCAGACCCAAGGAACAGUAAUAGGCGAGGUACUCGAGGCUAUUUACAAGUUGAAAUAUCAGUCUAGUCCGGAUCCCAGCGUCCAGAGCGAUUUGAUAGACAUCCUUGGUUCCGUAACAGAGCUCGCUCACGUCAUGGUCGCCAAAGUCAUUUCUAUUCGAUCAGAGCCACAUACUUCGUUGCCGCUCCACGAGUUUUGGGAGUUUUUCAACGAGACAUGGUCGUUCGUAAUUGGAUGUGAGGUAAUUUGCCGCCGAAUGGUGGUUGGGCUAAGAGGUGUCGUGGUUGGACAAGGGAAGGCAUUCCUUCAAGCGUUUCACCAGACUCGGCUGACACAGUCCGCAAAACUCGUGGAAGAUGAACAAUGGAAUCCUUGCGAUGUUCCUCUGCCUCUGCAGCAUCUUGCCGACCUUUUGGUUGAUUCGGCAGUGAAGGAUUCUCCUGAAUUGGUUAUACAGCCUCCGCAACCCGAAAGCACUCCCGCUUCUCCGUCUAAAUCAGCUGCCAACGGUAUCAAAUCAUUCUUUUCUUCCUCUCCUAUGAAGACGCUAGUAGCAUCGUCAUCAAGCUCGUCAUUCUUGGCUGGUGGAUCCCACAAGCAUCUCCAUAUUGAGGAUCGAGCUUACUUUACGGUAUAUGCUACCUCCGAGGUGCUAUAUUUACUCUUGGACUACGUCAAGGUGAUAGUAAAUUUUGGCAUGCUCGUCACGGACACUAUGAGCCGAGUGAUUGAAUUCCUCAAGGCGUUCAAUUCGCGAACAUGCCAGGUUGUACUAGGGGCCGGUGCAAUGAGAUCGGCCGGGCUAAAGAACAUCACGGCCAAACAUCUAGCCUUAGCCUCACAGUCACUGUCGAUCAUGAUAGCUCUCAUUCCAUAUGUUCGUGAAACAUUUAGACGUCAUUUGAGCUCUAAGCAAGCUGUUAUGUUGGUGGUGUUUGACAAGUUGAAGAGAGAUUAUCAAGAGCAUCAGAAUGAGAUUCAUGCCAAGCUCAUCGCGAUUAUGGGUGAGCGACUAUCUGCUCACAUCAAGUCUCUUCGGGCUCUGGAUUGGAGCACUCUGAAAGAAGGGGGGGGCGCCAACGAAUAUAUAGUAGUCUUGACUAAGGAAACGGUCACAUUGCACAAAGUGCUGUCUCGCUAUUUGUCGACAAAUGUCGUUCAAGAUGUCAUGACGCAAGUCUUCGCAGCAGUCAAUCAUCGAUUAUCGGAAGAGUACACUAAACUCGAGCUGCCACACGCCGCGGCCAAAACGAGGCUCCUCGCAGAUGCCAGGCAUUUUUACCAGAAGAUCGCUGAGCUUAAGAAUGUCGGAGUCCCGAGUAAUAUGCUGGAGGUAGUCAUUUCGGAGAAGAGUCUGCCUCGGCCGACUGUCCCUUCAACACCUGCAAGAAGCGAUUCUUUGGCAGUGAAUUCUGCGGCAUGGGGGUCAAGCACGAAUCUUCGGCUGAAGGGUCUGCUUUCUGGGAGAGGAAGCUCGUUCGAUAAAGUACCGCCUAUACCGACAUCAGCAUCCACACCUCCGCCAUCGAACGAAAUCAACGGAACUAAUAAAUCAGGGAUAAACGGUCGGGAAUUGCCCUUACCCCCACCUCCAAUUCAAGAAGAAGGGGCAGGUGGUGAUCCCCCUUCUUCUGGCUUCAAACAAAUAGAAGUAUGUGAACCUGGAGCUUCAGAGUCCGCCGGACCACAGUCUGGACCGCAACAGGAGGAUGAGGGCGGUCAGGUAUCUACUCCACCAACUCAAUCACCCCCUUCCGAAGCCCCUUCCGAAGCGACAACAUCUUCCGAGGAAAUUCGGACAAUGGCGACUUCAGUGCCAUCAGAAGGGCAGGGGCCCUCCCCUCCAACUUUAGAUGGGCCAUCUGAUUCGUCCCUCUCCAAGGAUGAUGUUCCUGCAGAGAUAAUUCAGAAUCCUCGGGUAGACGGCAGUAUACCACCUGCAUCCGCUUCUGAAGCUGUACAUUCUGCAUCAUGA